GCAUGAGUUCAGGAAAUGUGAGAGGAGUUCGGUUUAGCAAGCUUUACACGCACGGAGGUGCUGCUUGCUACACCGUUCCAACUGGUUUUCCCAAUAUUUAUCGGUAAAAAACCUACUUAGCUCGACAAAUCAGCCUUUAGUGAAGAUAUGAAAUUGCUCUUUCUUGCCUGUCUCAGCCCUAAAACUGGGAACCAUACUACAGCUGAGAGAAUAAGGUCCUACAUUGAAUCAGCAGGACACACCUGUGAGCUCAGAGAUGCUGGUGAAUUUCAGUCCCCUGCUGAUGUGGCGAAUCUAGUGUCUCAAAAUCCUCCGUUUGAGGGUGCACUGGCCAUUCAUCUGUUCAGAGCAGGCAGACUUCUUCUGGACAUCCAAGUACCCUUUGGCGUUAUCUUUGGCGGAACAGACAUAAAUGAAGAUGUGAAAGUUGAGCAGAAGCGUGUGGUUAUGGAGCAGGUGCUACUGAAAGCCAGGUUCGCUGUUGCAUUUACUGACAAACUGAAAGAAGAGGCAGCAUUAUCUCUGGUGUCCCAGAACAGUAAAAUCUAUGUCCAGCCCCAAGGUAUCAAGACAGAAGUGACUGAGAAAUUCUGCUGGACUGAAUUCUUGAGGAGCUCAGGUGUAGAGAGUGAGCAUGUGGAUGAGCUGCGUGUCUUCCUAUUGGUCUGUGGCCUCAGAAGAGUUAAGGACCCCCUCUAUUUGGUGGAGGUGUUUUCAGAGUGGCAUUGUAAGAAUCUGCUGAAUAUUUUGGUCAUUAUUGGGCCAAAGAUUGAUCCUGUGCUUACUGUUGAAGUGGAAGCUGUUAUCAAAAGAACAGCAGGGGUUUUCUUGGCCCAGGAGAGGAGUCAACAGGAGCUCCAUGCUGCCAUGGAAAGGUGCUUCGCUGUGGUCAACAGCUCUGUCUCCGAGGGCAUGUCAGCUGCCAUCUUGGAGGCCAUGGAUCUCGGGGUGCCCGUGUUGGCCAGGGACAUUCCAGGAAAUGCAGCUGUGGUACAGCAUGAAGCCACUGGCCUGCUGUACUCUUCACCUCAGGAAUUUGUGCAUCAAUCUCAGAGGCUGUUGUCAGAUCGUGAGCUGAGAGAGAGAUUGGUGAGGAAUGGAAAAUGCUACGUGGAAGAGCAUCACAGCCUGAAACAGGAGAGAGAAACCUACCAGCGACUGGUAGACACUCUACACUGAGUGUAAGGUCUCAGAGGUCAACCCUACUCUGUAUACUUUCUCAGGAAGUACAGCUGCAAAAACAGGGCAUUACACCUGAGUAUUUACUUUGCAUAUGUAUAAUUAUUACAAGUGUCUGUUUGCACAAAAUACACUUCUAUCUUCACUGCCAGAUUAAACAUUAUGCUGUGGAGCACUUUGAACCAAAGAUUUAGAGUAGGACUUCUUGUUUGUCUUGUUAAUAUAUUUUAUGCAUGUGAAAUACAGUGAUAGGCUCUUAUUUAUGGUUUAAAAUAACUAUAGCAAAGAAUUGAUUCUCUGUUUAUUAAUUAUGCCUAAUAAAAGAGAGGGUAACAACUUUA